AUGGAGACUAAAACAAUCAAUUCUAUUAAUAAAGAAAUUUAUCGAUCUUACAUAGUUGAGAAACUCUUACUGGCUAUCCGAGAUAAGUGGCUAAGAAUUGAUGCAAGAAGUCCAAUAUUUAUCCAACAAGACAAUGCGAAACCUCAUAUUGGUUUGGAUGAUGAGUAUUUUCAAAGUAAUGCUACUAAGGAUGGCUUCGACAUACGUUUGAUAUGUCAGCCUCCGAAUUCUCUAGAUAUGAAUGUUCUAGACCUUGGUUUUUUAAAUGCGAUACAAGCACUACAAUACCAACAAGCUCCCAACUCUGUAGAUGCGCUCAUAGAGGCUGUUCAAAAGUCAUUUGAGGAAUACUCGCCAACAAAGUUGAAUCAUACGUUUUUAACUUUACAGUCAUGUAUGAUUUCAAUUUUGAAAGUUGGAGGUUUGAGCAAAUAUAAGGUUUCGCACAUGAAAAAACAUAGGUUGGAGGGACAAAAUUGUCUUCCUAUCCAGUUAGAUUUCGACCUCGAGUUAAUUGGAGAAGCAAUUGCUCAAUGUCAAUAA